AUGAUAACUGCUUAUGUCACUUAUGAGAGAAAGACAAACUGCACUGAGGAAGAAUGGCAGGUCCAAGCUCUGAGCAGACAGGCUCUGAAUCAAAGCCAAAGAAUGCUGUAAUGGAAGCCGAUGAUCAUUUAACUGCUGAGCGCAGUGCCGGUCUGGCGUUGAUGAAGCCUCUCUGCAUUGGUUUGAUGCAGGAAAGGACGACUGGCAGCGUGCAAGCAAUCUUAAAUGCUUUGCCCAGAUUGGAUGAUGAUGUGGCUAGAGAAAUCCAAGUAUACAUUUUGUUCCCAGUGAAGACUGCUUUGUCAAUGAAAGACCUGUCAGACAACAUGUUUCUUGCACUGUGCCAGGUGAUAGAAGCAUUGUACAGAAAAACCAAAAUGGCCGAGGCUCACGAAGUCUACGACAUAAUUGGCCUUAUUCUUCUGCGUGUAGCGCCACCGAAGCUCUCUAGCCAAAUUCCAAAGAUGUCAGAGGACUCGAAAAAAGCUAUGUGCGAUGCAGUCAACUCUGUUUUGUCUGCUAUGCCAAAAAAAGCUUUCGAGAAAUUCUACAUUUUGAAGAAUGUGCCUGCUAUAGGCCAGCUCAUCAGUGUUCUUCUUCAGAUAGCUGAGUUUGAACGCUCCAAAGCCUCACAGUUUGCAGCCUUGUCCUGUAUGAAGACACUGUAUUUUUAUGAGUCUGUUCAGUAUGGGCCAACAAAUGAAAUAGAUGACUUCACGUGUUUAAAGAGUCUGACAUUUUGCUUGCCUGCUGUUACCAUGGCAGCCGCCCGUAUUAUUACGGGUGAUUCUAAGCAAGGACAUAAAGUGUUUGUGGAAGCUGCACACCUUUGGACUAUUGCGGUGUAUCGCGCUAUAGAUAACAGAGUGUACCAGAAUGCAGUCGACAAAUCCGCCUCUCUUCAGAAGCAGAAAAAAGAAAAGAAAGGAGAUCCCCUGGACAGCCUGACUGUUGUGGCAGAUACUGCUUGGGUGGAGACGACGGCCGAGAAGCUGAAAGUAUUGUUAGAAAAAAUCUGCACUGCUCGGUCUCACUCCCACCACAAGGCACGGAUGGCGCUAGUCUCACUUGGGUCUUGUGUGCUUAUACACUGCAACAGCUCUUUGUCGGGCCUCGUGCCGUUGGCUGUGGACCUCCUGGUGGGUUACCUGGCAGACCCUCGACCUGAAGUCUCCCAGCGUGCCUCAGAAGUGCUGCGGACAUUUGCCGCUGACGCUAAUCAGAGCGGACACAAGCGUUUUCUGGUGGAGACCUUGCAGGAAAAUCUGUACAACUUGUGCACCUCUCUGCCAAGGCAGAUGCGCAUGGCAGACGAGGAAGAGAAACCUGCCAUCAUCAGACUGUUGAGAGGGUAUUUGACUUUGCUGGGUACGGACGUGCGCACUGUGCUCCUGUCUCAGGCCCACCUCAAGCGUGUGUGUCUGGCCCUUGUCAAUAGUCUGGAGCUGGACACGUCAGACAUUCAGAUCCUGGAGGAGCGCAACACUCUCUUACAUCAAGAAGCAGCAGCUGCUGAGAAUGUCAUCGACAGCUCGGACGAACUGAUCCCAAAUUUGCCAGCUUUAAAUGACUUGAUUACGCUGCUGUUGGAUGAGUACCUCUCCACUGAGAAUCUCGCUCUUGUGAGUCGGUAUGAUGAUACCAAAUCUGCAGCGUCAUCACCAUCAUCAUCAUUAUCAUCAUCAUCAUCUUCACAGUGGAUGUCAUCCUCAUUGUCACUGUUACCAUCAUCAAGUUCAUCGACCUCCAGCUCUUCCCUCCUUAUGAUCGAGUCCCCUGAGUCCUUUGAAUCAAAGAAGCGGCUCUCACAACGCAACAGAGCGAUAAUGCUGGCCUGUCUCUUCAUGGAAGGAGUCGGGAACUUUGCUAUGGCAUUAGGCAGCAUGUUUGAAUCCCACAUGGUCCGUGCGUUGUACCCCCUAGUGGAGAACCUGGGACACGAGAACGUACAUCUGAGCAGCACCGCCUACUUCGCUCUCACUCACAUAUGCACCGCUUGUGGAUACAAUUCAUUAGACCUGCUCAUGCAGGAGAAUGCAGAUUACCUGGUGAGCAGCGUGUCUUUGAGGCUGAGACACAUCACGGUGAAUCGUCGCUGCCCCCAGACCCUCAGUGUCAUGAUGCGUUACUGCUCCAGCAGUCUUCUGCCCAUCGUGGAACACAGUAUCCUUCAGCUGUUGGACACCCUGGAUGACCACUAUGCAGAGGAACUUUUGCUAUUCCUGCCCGCCUUGCUAGAGUUGGCCACAGCCAUUGGUCGCUGGUUCCCUUCUCCGACAGAAGUCAAGGAGGAAGCACAGGUUCCCGAAGCCCUUACAGCUGAGCUGGACCCUCAGAGCAUUGUUGCAUUUGUUGAGGAAUAUGUCCGGACAAAGAAAACCGCUGAUAUGGAGGAAGACGGAAAUGAGAUGUCUGAUGGGGAUGGGACGACGGAGGAGAGAAAGAUGGAAGACAUAGAGGCAGACAUGCAGAAGUUAAUGGAAGAACAAAGGAAGGAGGAGGAGCGACAGGAGGCAGCAGCAGAGGCAGAGGAGGAGCAGGAAAGAGAGAAGGAGAAGACGGAAGAGUGUCCUCGCCACUUGCAAGUGGUCAUAGAUAUUUUACAGCGAGUGAAACAUUUCCUGACAUCUCCCGAUGGACGGCUGCGCAUCAAAUCGCUGGACAUUUUGUGCCAGUGUGUUACUGAUCUCAAGGGAAAUUCCAAAGAACUCCUGCCACAGAUACACCAGCUCUGGGCCAGUUUUUAUCCACUUUUUCGCAGCGAAGAAAAAUUUGUUGUCAUCAAAGCUCUUACAGUGUUGCAUCUAAUCUCUGAUUUGGGCGGUGACUUUGUCCGCCAGAAAACCAUGAAGAAUGUGAUCCCGGGAUUGUCCUCUUUCAUGGACAAACAAGGGAAGAUCAGCUCUGGAAGCAAGUCAGCCUACCAAAUUACUGGCAAUUACAAACUGCAGUUAGCCGCUCUACACAGUCUUGGUCCAAUUGCCAAAAAUCUGUGUUUGGACUCAGGAGACCUGGAGUCUGUGGCCAAGAUGUGUCUGCCCUACCUGUGUGACAAACAGCCCAGGCCGCUGCAACAGGCCAGUAUUGAAUCCUUUUCAUUCUUCAUUGGACUCGACCCUGAUGCCAUGUGGUUCCUUCUGAGCCAGGUGCACUUUCCACCCAUGCCUGAACCACCAGGGCCAGAAUUUGAACCCAUCAAGGUUCCUCACACCUCAGAUCAAAAGAACAGCUUCAAAACCAAUGUCCAGCAUUUGUUUGAUACUUUUUUCAGUUGAUACAAUUUUUAAGGAAAUCGUGCUUGCUGCUUCAUUGUUUGCUAAUCGUCAUUUCUUUGAAAAGUCAUGCCAUUUUCUAAUACUCCUUCCACUCCAGUUGCUGCAUUUUUAAUGUUCUAGUAAAAUCAAAGAAAACUAUUUUUGCCUUGUUUGCGUCUGGUUCAUAUUUGUACUAUUUUUUUGGUGAUGUCAUACUACAUGUACUCCAACAGGACACCUGCGCUUGUAAUGUUGGUACUUAAAAAUUAAAACUGGGAAGGAAAGACGACUGUACAGCUCUCAACGCACACAAAGGCUGUUUUAGGUAAUUGUGAAAAGAGUGUGACUGCUUUGUUUUCAUCUUUUGUGAUUUUUAUACUUUACUUUAUCCUUUCUCUUGAAUUGUUAGGUGUUGAGGGGAGUUGCAAUUUUCGGUCAUGGGUUAGGUGGGUGGCUUCUGUUGUUUUUUAAAUAUUUGCAAUAUAUUUGUUGAUUUCUAUUCAUUAAGAUGUAUAAAUUUUUGUCUGUUUUGGACUUCGUGUACCUUUACAUCUUUUUCUGUAUUUUGUUUUUUUAAGUGUUCGUGUUUCCUCAAACAAUCUGAUAGGCUUUCGUUCAUCACAGGAUUUGAGCUUGAAAUUAAUGAAAACUGUGGGAAGUUUUCUUUAAAUAACGUACUCUUUUUAGAAAAUCUUUAUGACUCAUUUCCAUUUAUUUCCCAUGAAAAUGGUUUCUAGAAGUGUGAUUGGUCUGGAAUCCACUGUACAUUGUAAGAGGGCUUUCAAUAUGCAUGAGUGAUCUGUUUGAGCUGAAUCUUGAGAAAAUGUUGUCGAAAUCCGUUUUGUUAAUGAAUAAAUGCCUGUUUUGGUGCUAAUUAUGUGCCAUACUUUGAUUUUGUUUGUUUGUUUUUAAAAAUUUUUAUUUAUUUAAUUUUGAAGGCGGAGUUCAAAAUCUGUUUGGCUUUCCUUGAUUUUCGAAGGAGGGGGGAAGGGGGUAAAUUCUUUUUUUCUGAAUUGUUCUAGCUAUUGUUAAGUUUUUUUUUCUACCGGCAACUGCGGUGUGAUUUUUAUGCUAUUUGCCAUUACUCAUAGAGAAUGUGAGUUUGAUUCCCCCUGAAGAAGUUACUUUAUCAAGUGCAUAUAUCUAUGUUAUUACGUGUACUGGGGUGCUGUAUCCUACCCUGUUCAGGUUGGCCCUUAUGGACAAGGACAAAGCAGCCUGCCUCCUAAAUAAUGUAAGUCAUGUCAAUAAAGACCACUGUAACAAUGAUAA